AUGACACUAUUAUUGACAGAAAGAGAGAGUAGAGGGGAAGCCAAUUUAGGAAUUGUUGGCCAGGUUGUGAAAGUAGCAAAGGUGAAUUUUUGUGGCGAAGAAUGUAAUCAGUUUCAAACAUUUGAAGUCGAUAAUGCAUUUGAAGACAGUAAAUUGUAUGCUACUUUGUCAAAGGUAGUAUUUAUUCUGUCUUCUUUUUUUAUCUCUACCUUAUCAACAGUCGAGAUUCUUGUGAUGGAAGACCCCACAGGAUCAACGAAAAGUAGCUCAAGAUUCAAUAAUGGGAUAAAAAAAAAGAAAAGAAAAGAAAACAAGAUACCAAUAGUAAUACGUCUGACCAUUGACCUUAAAUACGGAAGAUGGAAAGAAGCUAGUAAUGAGCAUUCAUAUUUUGAAUAUAUCACUAUAACUGGAUCAAUCAACCUUACUAUAUAUUUCUUUUAUCUGAAUGUAGCUGUAAAGAAGUAUUGUAAGGCAUACUGCUUAUGUGAUGCGUUAUCUAUUCUCAACAAUAAAGAGAUAAUAGAUCAAUGCUAA